UUCUUUUUAAAUUCAAACUUCCAUUUCACAAGCAACACUGCAAUUCCAUAAUUUUCAGAUAAAUCACCAAAUUUCGGAGAGAGAAAAUCCAUCCUUACUGCAAUUUAAAGAAACCUUCUAAAAUCAUCAAUGGCGAAACAAUCGGUUGUGUCAAUUGCAACUCCCGAAGAUCUGUGCAACUGGGAAUUUGUCAAUCGAUUUGAUUUCGAUAUCGUGGCUGGUUUUGAAGAUGAUCAAGAAAGCAUUUACGACCUCGUUGAUUCCAUUGAUUCUCUCUCCUCACCAUCAGCAUCCGAGGUCGAUGAAGAUGAUUCCGAUGAAAAGAAAGGGCCCGCAGAUGAUAUCAUCGCCCAUCAAGAGAUUCAUGACGAUGUUGAUGAUGAUGUGAAGAGUGUUAGGGUUUCUGAUUUGGGGGAAAAUCAUGGGGUUUGUGAUGUUGAUUUGAGCAAUUGUGUUGAAAAUCAACAUGAUGAAAACGAAGCGUUUCAUGAUGGAACGAAUUUGAAUCUACAUGGGCAUUUUCAACAGCAUGAUGAUGGACAUCAACAGCAAGAUGAUGAUGGCCAUGAUGAUGAUGAUAAUAAUGACGACAUAGAUGAUGAGUUGGUGCCAUGGGAAGUGAAAGACAGAUUCGCGAGGCAGAGGAUAAGGAAAUCUGGGAAGAAUACAUUUGGAAAAAUGAUGAAAUCGAAGAAAUCUGCUCAUGUUUUCACUAGACCUGGCUGUGUUCGUGGUAAGCAUGGUUUAGGGCUCACGGUUUACUGAAGGAUUCUAAUUAGCAUGGAAUUUGGAGCAUUUGAUCAUCAUUAAUCCAAGAUUAACAUCUAGGUGUUUGUUAAAUUGUUAUCAAAAGUUCAAUUAGUUGGAAGUUUAUGUCAUUUUCUUUUCUUAAUUAGUAGGAUGAUAAUGAUCAUGGGAAAAAAGAAAAUGUAAAUUUGGGGUUGGAUUAGCUAUUAUAUCUGUGUUCAUAUGAUCUUGUAAAUAAAUUGAUCUUUCUCCAAAACUAUUGGAUAUUAUUAUUAUGUUUA